AUGGAACCAACAGCAACCCUGCUUUAUUUGGAUUACCUUGACGCUACAAGCCCAGAUCCUCCUCUCAUGAAGACUCCCUCCCACAUUUCCUACACAUCUGUGUUUCUCCCUAUCUUUUACACAGCUGUGUUCCUGACUGGAGUACUGGGGAAUUUCAUCCUCAUGGUUGCGCUGCAUUUCAAGCACGGCAACCGGAGACUGAUCGAUGUCUUCAUCAUCAACCUGGCAGCCUCUGACUUCAUUUUCCUCGUCACACUGCCUCUUUGGGUGGAUAAGGAAGCCUCUCUAGGACUAUGGAGGACUGGCUCCUUCCUGUGCAAAGGCAGCUCCUAUGUGAUCUCCGUGAACAUGCACUGCAGUGUCUUCUUGCUCACGUGCAUGAGCAUGGACCGGUACGUGGCUGUCAUGCGCCCAGCCUUAUCCAGAAGGCUGAGAAGGAGAAACUGUGCCCAUGCGGUCUGUGCCUGCGUCUGGAUCGUCUCGUGCCUCCUGGGGCUGCCCACUCUACUGUCUAGGGAGGUCACUCUCUUGGAAGGCAAGCCAUACUGCGCAGAGGAGAAAGCCACUUCCAUUAAACUGAUGUGGGGUCUGGUAAACUUGGUCAGCACCUUUUUUGUCCCCCUGCUGAGCAUUUUGACCUGCUACUGUUGCAUCACAAGGAGGCUGUGUGCUCAUUACCAGCAAUCGGGAAAGCAUAACAAAAAGCUGCGGAGGUCGAUCAGGAUCAUCAUUAUCGUUGUGGUGGCCUUCACCUUCUCCUGGUUACCCUUUAAUACUUUCAAACUCCUGGCCAUUGUUUCAGGGCUACGGCCAGAACUUCAGUUACCCUCUGUGUCUUUUCAGCUGGCCAUGGGGGUGACUGGGCCCUUGGCGUUUGCCAACAGCUGUGUCAAUCCUUUCAUUUACUAUGUCUUUGACAGCUAUAUCCGAAGGGCCAUUGUACGCCGUCUGUGCCCUUGUCUGAAGAAUUCUGACUCUGGGAGCAGCACUGAGACAUCAGACAGUCACCUCAGUAAGGUUUUCUCCAACUUCAUUCACGCAGAGGAUUUUGUCAGGCGGAGGAAGAGGUCUGUGUCACUCUAA